GAACCCGCCUCCCAGACCCGGGUGAGGCUGCUGCGGACUGCCCUUUCCCAAGAUGGCAUCGAAGAUAGGUUCGAGACGAUGGAUGCUGCAGCUGAUCAUGCAGUUGGGUUCGGUGCUGCUUACACGCUGCCCCUUUUGGGGCUGCUUUAGUCAGCUCAUGCUGUACGCUGAAAGGGCCGAGGCGCGCCGGAAGCCGGACAUCCCAGUGCCCUACCUGUACUUCGACAUGGGGGCAGCCGUGCUAUGUGCUAGCUUCAUGUCCUUCGGAGUGAAGCGGCGCUGGUUCGCGCUGGGGGCAGCACUCCAGCUGGCUAUUAGCACCUACGCCGCCUACAUCGGAGGCUACGUCCACUACGGGGACUGGCUGAAGGUUCGUAUGUACUCACGUACAGUUGCCAUUAUCGGUGGCUUUCUGGUGCUAGCCAGCGGUGCUGGGGAGCUAUACCGUCGGAAACCCCGCAGCCGCUCUCUUCAGUCUACCGGCCAGGUGUUCCUGGGCAUCUACCUCAUCUGCGUGGCCUAUUCACUGCAGCACAGCAAGGAAGACCGACUGGCAUAUCUGAACCAUCUCCCAGGAGGGGAGCUGAUGAUCCAGCUGUUCUUCGUACUGUACGGCAUCCUGGCCCUGGCCUUCUUGUCAGGUUACUACGUGACUCUGGCUGCUCAGAUCCUGGCUGUCCUGCUGCCCCCAGUCAUGCUGCUCAUUGAUGGCAACAUUGCCUACUGGCACAACAUGCGACGUGUAGAGUUCUGGAACCAGAUGAAACUGCUCGGCGAGAGUGUGGGCAUCUUCGGGGCUGCUGUCAUUCUGGCCACUGAUGGCUGAGUUUGAUAGCAAGAGGCUGAGAUGGGCACAGGGAGCUACUGCUUCGCUGGCCCUGUUGCUGUUUAUUUAUGCUUCUUGGUCUGUUUGAUUCUUUGGCUCCCCCCCCCAUUUUUUUUUUUUUUUGCAUAGUUAAGAGACAGGUCUCUUUCGGUUCCUGGCUUGUCCUUGGGAAGGUGGGAUCCCUGAACUUAAUGCCUCACGGGUUUGUUUGUUUUUUUUUUUCCUGUUUGUUGAGAGGAGAGCUGAGGCCAGCUGCUUCCUGGGUCCCCAGGAAGGGGAGAAUUUUUGAGAAGGGAGUGAGGCAGGGUGCAGCUGCUGAGAGUGAGUGACAGAGGAAGGAAGAUGGAGACUGGGAAGUACAUGAAUGGGAAACUUUUCCUUUUGAACCUGGCAGAUGCAGCUGAGCUCUGUGGUGCUUUUUGGACUGUUGACACAUAUGGCUCAGGUCCUGGAGGAACAGAAGAGUUGGCAGUACAGAAGUCACACAGUUCUUAGAGCGUGCUGGGGGCAGAAACAGUACCAGCUCUCUGUCAUGUACCUUGAGAACCUCUGGGAUAUGUAGGGGUGGAGCAGGCAGCAGCCAGCUUCCCAUCUCUGCUGUCUGUUUCCAGCUGUAUGGUUGGCCUGGUGGGAGUAGAGUGCCCUCCCAAACACCAGACCACACAGUCCUCCAAAAAUAAACACUUUAUAUAGA